GCUUCCGGGUCGCAAUGGCCGCCCCCUGCUAAUGCGCACGCGUUGCUCGAUGCGCCGGCUCUGACCUUCGCUUUUAAACCAAAAAACAUUUCCCCUUAAAGUUUUAACAUUUUAUUGAGUUAUUUUUUUGUCACAACGCGAUCCUGUUUUGUUCACGCGCCAUAUCGCGGCUCUUGCACCCGAGGCUCCGGGGUGUUGGCGAGCGCCGCUGAAGCAGCAACCGCCGAGAGGGAAUCGCCUGCAGCCCCAGCCAUGUCGCUGUAUGCCCUUGCUUCGCGGGGCCUGCGGGCGAUCACCCUGGCUCUCCCAACCACCACAGCACGUGCGGGCACCCAGGGCCCGCGACUCCUCGCUCACCACCGCUCCAUCACCUCCUCCAUAGUCGUGAGUAGCAGCUACAGCAGCAGCAGUAGCAGCGCCGCCGCGUGGUGUCGGAGUCUGGCCGCGCGGAUUACGGCGAGGCGAGGGAUCCUAGAGAGCGGCCUCGCUGCGAGUGGUGUCGAGGCCAUGGCGCUGGGUCCUCCUGCCCAGGGCUUCCACACGACCACGGAGCUCCACGUGUACAAGGCCAUCUGGAAGAAGAAUAAAACGUACACCAUCCGGCCCAUCGGCAGGAAGAAGACGGGCGGGAGGGACCACACAGGCCGGAUCCGAACGCACGGCAUCGGUGGCGGUCACCGGCAAUGCUACCGCAUGAUCGACUUCAAGCGGCUGCCGGUGGGAUUGAUGGCCGGUCGCCUGGAUGAGAACAAGACGGUGAUGGAGGAGAAGGUGAUGGAGGUGCGCUACGACCCGCUAAGGUCUGCAGACAUCGCACUCGUGGCGGGCGGAACGCACAAGCGCUGGAUCAUUGCCACCCAAAGCAUGCAGCCUGGUGACGUCAUCAAGACGUCAGGCUUCAUAGGGCGGAUGGCAGUGCUGGCGCACGAGGGGGACGCUUACCCCGUGGGGGCGCUCCCGGUGGGGACCCUCAUCAACAACCUGGAGGUGAAGCCCGGCGCCGGCGCCCAGCUCAUCCGUGCGGCCGGAACGUGCGGGUUGCUCAUCAGGAAAGUGGAAGGAACUGCCAUCAUCCAGCUGCCGUCCAAACAUCAGAUUCAGGUGGCGGAGACAUGCAUGGCGACGGUGGGCCGUGUGUCGCGCGUCGACCACAACGAGGAGCCCAUCGGCAAGGCCGGGCGCAACCGGCGCUUUGGCCGACGGCCGCAGAGCGGCCUGUGGCAGCGCAAGGGCGGCUGGGCCGGUCGCAAGAUCCGGCCGCUGCCCCCGAUCAAGAACUACGCCGCCAAGGGAUCGCUCAUCAAGCCCGCCACGCCUGUUUAGCGUGGCACACGGAGGAGUACCAGAGUCGCCGCCUGUCCUGGUUUUCCCAGGAUUGUUCUGUGUUGAAGCAGCUGUCCCGGGAAAUCUGUAAGUCGUUAAUUGGGACAUUCAAGACUGCCUUUCCGUGCAAGGUCUCUGUCGGUAUUGUGAAAUAUUCUGCUUCCCAUUGUUUUUUUUUGUACCUCAGGAGGUGGCAACCCUAGCCACGUGCGCAUGUACACCAACGCUCGCUCAUGCGCGUAUCUUGCGAGGCUGAGCCUGUAUAAUAAACACAAAUAUGUGACUGAUGGUGCAGGCACUCGCGCGCACACACACACAGUCACACUUGAUUCAAGCGUCCGUGUUCGUUGUCCCAUAAACGACAAUGGGGCAAAUCGCCAAUGUGAUGCGCUUCAUCUCUGUGCACACACUCUAAGGGUAAUGUACCUUCGCCACGCUGUCUUGUCAUGAUAUACCGUGCGCCUUUGUGUAGAUAUCGUUCGGGACUGCAAACACCAAAGGUGAAAAUCGAACAAAAGUUAUAAAGGGGGCCAGGCAGCGUGCCAGAGGUGGGGCUCGGGUUGUCGGGGGUCAGGGCUAUGGCUCGGGUUCGGAUGGCUCGUGUCCUCCCAACAAUUGGCAGGUUUGCACCACCCUCCGCAAAAAAAAAAACAGAACCACUUUUGUUUAUUGGCUUUUCACUGGUGUUUACAGUGCGCUCGCAGGGCAUAUAUCUGUGUGUGUUACACAGCCAUUCGUGUGCACGCAACAUUUUUGAACACAGACUAUUAAACGGACGUUUUAUUUCAAUGCUGUUGGCAGUUCGGCUUGCAGAGCCAUGAGUAACUAUGAAUAAAACGGAAGCUUGUUUAACCUG